UAUUUUCUAAUUCGGUUUCACCGUUAACACGGUUUUCGUUGUGAAACUCCAAGCACUAGCUGCCCGUCGUCGCGGUCGGAGUCGCCUGCCGAUUGGGAUACCAGUGGAGGCUGCUUUUCGGUCCAUGGUGAAAUCCCCUACAGCAACCGGCUUUACGACUACCUGAGACACUAUCGGGAAGGGUGUGUUCCGCUCCCUACAAUAAGCCUUCGGAAAAGAAUGGCCAAGGACGAGGAAGAUGAUUUGCUGCCCGACAAGGAUGCGGCCAAAGGAUUCUACGCCAAGUACGAACCGAAGGAGAUUCUGGGCAGGGGCAUCAGCUCUACGGUGCGGCGAUGCAUCGAAAAGGAAACGGGCAAAGAAUUUGCGGCGAAGAUCAUUGAUCUCGGGGCGGCAGAGAUGGGCGAUUCGAAUCACAUGCUGGAAGCCACCCGACAGGAGAUUCAAAUUCUGCGCCAGGUGAUGGGCCACAAAUUUAUCAUUGAGCUGCAGGACGUGUUCGAGUCGGAUGCGUUCAUUUUCCUGGUGUUUGAGCUGUGCCGACAAGGCGAGUUGUUCGAUUACCUUACGUCGGUGGUGACACUGUCGGAGAAAAAGUCUCGCUACAUUAUGCGCCAGAUAUUUGAAGGCGUCGAUUACAUACAUUCGAAGAGUAUCGUGCAUCGCGACCUGAAGCCCGAAAACAUCCUGCUAGAUGAUAAUCUUAACGUAAAGAUCACCGACUUUGGUUUCGCCCGUGUGCUCAAGAAUGGCGAAAAGUUGUACGACCUUUGCGGCACACCUGGAUAUUUGGCACCGGAAACGUUAAAAUGCAACAUGUUUGAGGACGCGCCUGGCUAUUCGCAAGAAGUGGAUAUAUGGGCGUGUGGCGUUAUCAUGUUCACCCUGCUCGUGGGCUGUCCUCCGUUUUGGCACCGAAAACAAAUGGUGAUGCUGCGUAACAUCAUGGAAGGCAAAUACAGCUUCACAUCGCCCGAGUGGGCUGACAUUUCCGAGGAUCCCAAGGAUUUGAUUCGCCGAUGCUUAGUGGUCGAUCCGACGAAGCGAAUCACUGUUACGGAAGCAUUGAAGCAUCCCUUCUUCAACACAGUACUUUUCGAGCAAGACAUUGGACCUCUGAAACGCAGCCUUUCGAUUAAAUCGAGACGUUUCAGCCGAAUUGCUGAUCUCGCAAUGUUACGUAAGCAAAGUCAGUUCAACGCCAGGAAAAAGUUUCAGUUUGCAAUUCUUUGUGUACGUGCAAUGAUUCGCAUCAAGAGGCUACGGUACACGCCGGAACCGUUGCGCGUCGAGGAUGCACUGAGAGAUCCGUACCGCGUGAAAGUACUUCGUAAGGUCAUCGACGGCUGUGCAUUUCGAGUGUACGGCCACUGGGUCAAGAAGGGCGAGGGCCAGAAUCGGGCUGCCCUGUUUGAAAAUACGCCUCGAUGCGAGGUUUAUAAUCUUUAUAUCAACAGCCUUAACCGAUAAGCUGUAAUAGGUCUGCCAUGGGGUGGAAAGCAAUCAUCAAACGCCGAUAUUGAGACUAGAUCCGGGGAGACUCGGGCGGAACGGGCGGCCAAGCACAGAGACACGCGGACUGGGAAAAGGACACCCACAGAAACCGGAGGCAUCAGCACCGAACCGCAAUGGAUCGUGACGACAACUAGCGGUUUGCUGAGCGGUUGGAACCACCGUAGGGCCAUAGGAGUUGCAUUCAGCUAUUUUUUAUUUAGCUACUACUGUCACCUAAGUUAAACGCUAGCUGGCGCACCAGUCCGCCCGGAAUGCGCGUACAUCCAUUGUCCUUUGACGUACCCAAUGUACGUAACAGUUUUCCCAGGCUUAAAGCCCAUGGGCCCAUCUUCCUAAACCACACUGCGUUAAUCCAUCACCGUCUCUCGCCGUUGCCUGUGCAUGUACACUUUCCGCCUUGGAAAGGGUGCCCAUUUGUUCGAUGUUUGUGAAGCUACUUAAGCAAUCGGCGGAACUCCAUGGAUUCCAGCGAACCUAGCGCAAUUUGUUGGUAGUUGUAGGACUGGGACAAUUUUCUCUCACGUGAUGAAGCAAUAACAGAAGCAGCUACUUCUGAUGACGAUAUUGAUUUUUCAUCUACCCCCUUUUUUAUACGUUAAUAGCAUUAAGAUAGGUACUGUACACCUUACUGUUAAUAGGCAUUAAUAAUAGUAAUAAACACAUAAACAGUGAAA